ACCAUUCCAAAUCCCAAAUCUCUCUGUAUGGCUGGCGAAGCCGCCCAUUCGAAUCCUUCAUUCCUUCCAUUUGACGGAGCGGGCUUCUCUCUCUCCUCAACCAAGGAAAAUCUGCCACUCUGUGAUUGUUCGCUCCUUUUGUUGGUAGAGUGACAGUUUGCCUCGGUUGGAUCGAAUCACCUCGUUUUUUCUGCAAUGGUGAAAACAAGCUGACGGUUUCUUCAUCACGCUUAAUCUAAAACUCCUGAUAGCCCUUAAUUCCCCUGGUAGGCUGGUAGCUUGUCUUCCUUCAGUUACUGUCUUAGUUUUUGUCGCUCUCUUUCUAGGGUUUGAUCGUCAUGAUUCUUGCGGAACUACUUGUGCUGUGUAGCGAUGGGCCCAAAUGAUUCUUUCCUGUUAUGGCUGAAAACGAAAUUUCCGGUUAAUCCACAGAAUUCAUCAUUGAUAUGCAUAAUUCUUCAUUUGUUAUGUGAUAUGGUUGCAGGGAGGAAGUAUUCGUUAUGUUUUCUUUUUAGCUCUCCAGUUGGCGAUGGAGGGAAUUGGAUGGAUAUUCGAAUUAGUGAUCUCAAUCAAUCAUACCACAUGGCGCCUCUGCAUAGCUGUGCUGGUGAAUGUUUGGAGUUACCCUCAAUCCUAUGUCCAUAAAUUUUUAACUGCAUCACAGAAAUCAAGCCUUAUCGAAGGAUUUCAUGCCUCCGCUACUCAAUUAAUGCAAUAGGAAAUUUGAGUAACACAAUGGAAGGUGAAGUUGCAACUGGUCAUACAUGUUGUUCUACCAAAAGCCUUCCGGACUUUGGUUUCUAGCUGAAACACCAUGGGGUUAAGUUCCGCCUAUCUAAUCAGUGAAAGCAUCUAUCUGCAUGUUUAACAUGUUUAUUAAAGGAUGGAGUAACCGUGGAUGUGCUAUAUGAGCUAAAUUUUUUAAUAGCUUGAGGGUACUGUAAAGUUCAGUGAAUACGUUUUCUAGUAAUUAAAGCUGGACUUGCAGAGUAUUAGAAAUUUAGAGUUCCUAAAGAUAACCAUUUCCUCUGGUGCACUAGGCCUUAGAGUGAAAUCUAGUCCCAAAUAAUAUUUGACCGGAAAGGAUUAAGAUAAGCCAUUUUAGAAGGGAUUGUAUCUUGGUAUUUAAUGCUGUCUAAGAAGAAAGAAUCAGUUUACAUAUCUCUUGUUUCCAAGUAUAUAUCCUGUAAGGCGGAGAGAGGAUAAACUUUUAUUUAUUUAUUUAUGAUAAUACUAUUACAACAAUUUUCUUUGAUAAGCAAUUUAUUAGGAAAGCAAGAAUCUAAUGAUAUGCUGUCUUGUUAUUUUCGGUAUGAUGUUGCGGAUGUUGAUGAGCUUGUACUGGUUGUGAUGGGUUCUGGACUUUGGCAUUAGGAGUUAAGACAAUGUUUGUUUUCUCCAGGGAUCUAAGGAGAUGCCCGGAUGCAGCAUUCUUUCCCCUUUAUAUUUAUUGUUGAUACCAUAUUUGGCCCAAUUUUGAUAAAAAAAAGUAAUGUUAAAAAAUCCAUAGGCACUUCAGCCAGGCUAAUCAUUGUCCCUAUUUGCUGUGGGGCCAAGUUAGAAUCUUCCUUGCUUAUGGGCUUCAGAAUAUUUUUGUUGAUAUUGUCAAGUAGAAGCUAUCUAAAUUGGAUCUUUCCUUGCAUUUUCUCUUUUCCUUGAUAAGGUUUGAGAUUGAGUAGAAAUACCCUAUGACAGGUUUUUCUGCAUUUCGGGUUUUUCUUCCUUAUGCAUAUACAAACUGCAUUGAAAUUGUCAUGUAAUAGAUUUUUAAAGUCAGCUAUUUGAUUGUCUUAGAAUGCAGAUGUACUAUAAAAGAGGCCUUCGUGAUGAGAUAUGAAUGAAAUUUUCUUUGGAUUUUCUGAUGUUGAUGACUUGAUGGUACAUGCCAUAAUAACCUGAUUAUUUAACUCUACAGAUAGGAUCAUGAUUUUGGGUUCUGCUUAUGUAUUUGAAACUAAAAAAGGACUGGUUGUUUGUUGUUGUCUAGGAUUAAUAUUUCUGUCUAUUCUGCAUGGAUGUCAAUGAUCUUAACAAAGUUUGGGAAAUUAAACCUCUUAAAAAGGUAGGUGAAGAUGAAGCAAAGAAGAUUCUUGAGAAUGUAGCUAAACAGGUACAACCAAUUAUGCGCAAACAUAGAUGGAAAGUGAAGCUCCUUUCUGAGUUCUGUCCCACAAAUCCAUCUCUUCUAGGACUAAACAUCGGAGGAGGUGCAGAGAUUAAACUCAGACUGCGAAGGCCAGAUAGAGAGUGGGAUUUCUUCCCUUACAAUCAGAUUCUUGAUACCAUGUUGCAUGAGCUCUGUCACAAUGAGCAUGGUCCUCACAAUACUGAGUUCUACAAGCUAUUAGAUGAAAUCAGAAAGGAAUGUGAGGAGCUACUGGCCAAAGGAAUUACUGGCUCUGGUCAGGGAUUUGAUCUUCCUGGCAGACGUUUGGGUGGUUUUACCCACCAACCACCUUUGUUGUCUCUCCGCCACGCUGCACUGGCUGCAGCAGAAAAAAGAGCACGUCAUGGAGCUUUAUUGCCAUCAGGACCUAAGCGCCUGGGUGGUGAUGGUGAUAUUAUGGUUGCACUUAGUCCGAUACAAGCUGCUGCAAUGGCUGCAGAAAGGAGAUUGCAUGAUGACUUGUGGUGUGGUUCCAAAUCUUUUGAAGAAAGGCAUGGUGUCAUGCUGGGGAAGAUUGGAUCAUCUAGGGGAUCAUCUGAAAGCUCAAAAGAUGCUUCCAUCCUAAGUGACAAUCCAAUCCAAACUUCAACUUCUGCACCUAUGCAAAAUAACAGAAUGACAGACAACAUAAAGGAUGGAGAAACUUGGGAGUGUACUACAUGCACACUAAUCAACCAGCCACUUUCUCUAAUGUGUGAAGCUUGUGGUACCCAAAAGCGAAAAGAUAUUGAAAUGAAGUUCAAAGUUUGGUCUUGCAAAUUUUGUACCUUAGAAAACAGUGUUAAGUUGGAUAGAUGCUCAGCUUGUGGGCAGUGGAGAUACUCAUAUGGGCCACCAAUCUCUACUAGGGGACCCAAUCUUGGCACUUGAGAGUUGAAAAAAUAGGAACUGUAGCAAUAGCAUCACACAUAGUUGUAAACACCUCAUCACAAAAGAACGUUCCUUGUCAAAGGCCCUUUUAGUAAGAUAUUAUUUUCAUCUUUUAUGAAGCUAUAUGGGUAAUAACUAUAUACCCUUUCAGAUAUACUUGUUUACCUGCUACCACAAUUCCACAUAUGUUACAUUAUCUGUACCUUGAAAAACCAUUACAGAUCGACCUAUAUCAACUUAUCUCUGUUGAUACUGUAAACCUUGAUUACAUUGCUUUGUUAGUGAAUUCCAAAGAGAGUGUUGUUACCUAGGCAUCAUAUAUCAACACUGAAUUGGAAUUCAAGGGAUGCGUGGGGGUAGGGUUGGCAGUUGGUAGUGACUUAUGCUUUCCGAAUCAAGUGAUUCUUGUGAUGGAUACUUGGAAAAAUAAUGAGUUUGCCAUUCAUAUUCA